AUGGAGCAUGCACGUGACCUACAAUUUCCAAUCGGGGUUGAUUUUCGACCAGAGCAACUUCAAGCCUCCAUUGACCCUGUGCACUCCGCCAGACCAACCCUCCAAUUCCACGACCGAGCAGACAAUCCAAAUCCACCAACUCCACCUACAUCCCCUGAUACAUCCACACAUCUCCAAAAUGGACGUCCGCCUCCUGGCUCGCAGCCUCCGCGCCAGGCCGACGCCAUUCCUCCAACAGCGAACCCAAAUGUUCCCCCAAACAAUCCUAACCUCAAUCCGCUUCAACUCCUCGUCGUCCUCCCCAGAGGCCCCAACAAGAACCGACUCUCCCCCUCAGCCACACCCUCCACACAAGCCGCAACCGAAACGGCAACAGAAACCCCGAGCAAGAAACCCUCGGACUUCGACGACAUCCUGGACAGACUGGACCUGAACCCCACCCAAACGCCGCAACGCAGCCGUCGAGUCUUUUCCGACACCCUCUCCCGCGCCGUGGGCCAAGGCGCCAUGGGCCGCGGGCGCCGCGGUGGCAUUCCCCCCCAACGCAAAAUCGACCUGAAGCUCGGCCCAUCGCUUGGCCGACAGGCAAUUGUCGAGCCUGAGCGUGGUCAGGACCUUGCCUCUGCACUGCGCAGGCUCAACACUACCAUUGUGCAGAACAAGCUGCGUCAGACUGCUAAUGCGCAGCGCUUCCAUACGCGGAAGGGUAUGGUUGCCAAGCAGAAGAAGAUGGUGCGCUGGAAGAGACUGUUUAAGGUCUCAUUUCAGAGUACUGUGCAGAAGAUCCAGCGCAUGCAGACUCAGGGUUGGUGA